AUGGCUGACCAAAUGGAAGAUGAUGAGAUGCUAUUUGGUCUAGAAGUCAAAGAUGAGAAGUCGGAUGAUGACACCACCAUUUAUGAUUAUGACAUGGUGAACGCCAAGCUGCCCAAAACCGAAGAUGCUACUGCCAAGACACUGUCGCUCACCACAGCAUCUGUGGGUGGAGCCUCUGGGGGGGGUUCAGAUGCAGUGAUGUCACCAUCGGCAAUGGGGACUAGUACUGCUUUGUACAUAGAUGCAACUACAGAUGAGGGGGUGUUUGACUUGAUCCUGAAAGAAAUCAAAAGUGCUGGUGGACCUCGUCAGUUGAUUCACAACCACUUCCCACUAGCUGCUUCGCGGCCGGAACAACUUGGCGCUCUACUUGAGAAGAUGGUGCCACCUUUGCCAACUCAAUCCUAUUUAGAGAAAUACCCGAUUCCUGCUUGUUUCCCUGGUCAAGAGAAUCAGCAAGAGCCCAUCAUUGUCCAGCUGUGCCACUUUAGUGCAGAAAACUGGGCAUCGUUGAGAGAACCACCGACCUUACAUGUGGCAAGCCAAUUGGUGUGGCAAUUCUGUGCAGAUGGGUUUGUAUCCCAUGAUGAACCGGUCAUGAUCAGGAUCAAGGACAGCAGCCUUGGACAUGAUGGUCCAAUUGCAUUUGGCAGCAUUGGAUUCCUCAAGGGUGCGGCAAGGGUGACAACUGCCAUUGCAAUUGUGGUGUGCUGCUCUUCCUUGGGGAUCCAGGUGCCAGCUGUCCUACGUGAAUCGCUCCAAUCCAUCAAGUGCAAGCAUAUCCGGCUUAGCAGUCGCACAGAUGAGCUGUUCUUCAACAUGAAGAAGUCUCAGCGAGGUUCCAUCAGGAAAGCCCCGUCAGCAAUCUCUUGGGUGGUCUCAUUGAGGAACACAUUUGCUGGAAACAAAUCUCUGGACCCAGCAGGGAUCAUCAAGCAAUGGAAUGGCAUUUGUGCUCGCAGUGACCGGCUUGUUGGGGCAAAGGCUAUGAGUGUCACCAACUUGUUCCAGCUACCUGAGAAGUGCCUUGAUAUCAUCCUUGACACUGUUUCGAUCUAUGGAUGGGAAGGCUGUCCCUUCAGCGAUGAGUCCUUGCAGAGCAAGAAGCUGCUGCCAAGCUUCAACCACAAAAGUGCGCGUACCCCGAAAGGAUCACCUUGGCAGACUAGACUGAGAAACACUCCGGAGAGUUGCCUUCUGACCUUCCAGAUGGUUGCUAGCAGAUGGUCUGGCCUGAAGAACAUGGAACGUCGAAAGCCAUUGAGCCGCACACAACUGGAAGAGAAGUGUGCUGUGUGUGCUCUUGCGUGCGCUGUGGUUGAUGAACUUGCUGUUCAAAUCCCAAACGUGGAGGCAGUGCUCCAAGAGAAGUUCUUGAAGCGCCUGCAGGGUGGUGAUGCUGUUCUGGAGAUGGAUCUCCUUGGUGCUGUGGAGGCCAAAGAGGAGUUGUGGGUUCCACGUGAGAAUGCAUGUGUCAUGGGUCUACUCAAUGAGCUGUCCGUGGACAAGAAGGAUCCUUCUCUGGCCGCUACCGACCUUGAUGGGGCAAAGCUUGUAUUGGAUACUUCAGCAAUGCGACUUGUCAUUCAGGAGUUGGAAUAUGAUGAGCAAUGCCUUGAUGCUUAUUUGUCAAAGCUGGACUCCUACACCAUCCGACUUACCCGCCAAAAGCAGGAAUGGAUCCACAAGAGGAUGGACCGUGCAAAAACCAGUGUGAACAAAUGGUUUGAUGCCAAGGUCAUUUCCCAUUGCUGGCCAGAAAAAAUUGAUGGGGCUGCUGCCAUUAACAUGAUGCAGCAGAUUGAGGACUCGGCCAAGAAGUGGAUGCAACAGCUCCAGCUUCGCACCACUGCCUUCCUCUUUGUGACCAACUUUGCUGCGCCCUCGCUUCUGAAGAGUGAAAUUGUACCUUGUGUUCUGAACUUGGUUGGCCACAUGAUGAGUUCUCAUGCCGAGACCAGUGCUGGGGUAUUCUUGAGUCCAACUUUCAUUUGGAAGGGAACUCUCUUCCAAGAGGAGUUUGGACUACUCAGAACGCUCAGCUCAGCAGGUUGCGUAGUGGACACAAACUUCCAACUCCUCUUUGACAUCAAGUCCAAAGUUGAUGCACGUGACCUACGUCCAUUGGCCUACCCUGGGCGCUUUCUGGGACCUAUGGCAUCCAGCUUGACAGGUGAGUGGUUGUGGGCAUCUUCAGUGCUCCAAAAGUCUCGACGCACUCUGGGGGAAGCAAAGCAGGUGCCAUCCAAGAACAUGAUCUUUAUGGAAGACCUGUCCCCAACCUCGUUGCCAUCCAUGACCUCUACAAUCCAUGGUGCCCAGAAGCAUGCCCAGAUCGGAUCUGAUGCAGCUGAGAAGCUUUUGCGUUCAGCUGUUGAUGGAGUGUCGUUUCCAUCAACAAUGGGAUUGGUGGUGGUGGACUUGGUGCCAAACGUGGGGCAUUGCCUGGAGGGAUUCCAACGACUGGGGGACCACAUCAACACACCGGUGUGUUACAUGCCAGUGUAUUCGGACAUGUCCCACAAGGAAUGGAGCGAUGCCUUUUGGUCCAGUGAAUUUAUCUCCCUGUUCCAAGCUGGUCAGUUGUCGGUCCCUGGAUGUGAGAGGCUUCAGGAUGAUCCACCUGCUGAACACUUGGAAGCGCCACCAGAGCCCCCGGCAUUGAAGCAAUGCACUUAUGGGAAGGUUGAUGGCACAAUUGUGACCUUGGAAGUCCCUGAUGGGAUUCUGAAGAAAUAUGAUGCCAUGCCUGAGUUCAAGACCUACCAUGAUGGAUUCCUUGUACGCCACCCACCAACCAAAUCUUUCAAGUCGCCUGCCAAGAAGAAUACCAAGGACACUGCAGGCACUACCACCCCCUUGCCUACCAAGAAGCGUCCUCGUGAAGAAGAUAUCUCUGGCUUGCUCGUUGAUGCCAGUGCUGUGGAGCCUGAUGGGGAUGAAACUCUUGUUGAGGUUCCGGUGGUGAAUGCCCGAGCAGGUGAGAAGCUAUCGACCAUGCCCAUCCUUCGUGUCACGCAGAAAGUGGGACCAUAUAUUCUGAAUCAAACAGGUCAUAAUGUCACCUUGCACCGAAGUGCUGUGCUAUGUGGCUUUGGCAAGACAAAGUUCCGGGAGGCUCCCCAGGAUGAGUCCCAGAUUGACAAUGACAAAGAAAUCAUGUUUGAGGUGACUCCUCAGACUUAUGCAAUUCUUGAUGGCAAGUUUGCUACCAUAGGGGAGCACCUGGUUGCACUUGAUGGUUCGAAGCCCAAUGCCGCGAAGAUUUCUUACCACAAGACUUCGAAGAACCCAGAUGGUGCCUUUGAGCUGGAGAAGGAGCACAGUGUCCUCUGCAGCAUCAUCAAGGAAGAUGAGUCUGUGAAGUUGAACCAGAGCCAAGCCGGUAAAUUCUUGACGCCCCCUGCUGCCUGGUUGACAAAAACAACAACCUUGGGCUGGCAGUUGAAGCAAAGCCUCAAUGGGCUUCAGCCACAGCGAGCCCUGAUUUUGAUGGUUCAGGAUGUUACGAUCCCAGCUGGGAAAGCCUUUUUGAUUCAGUGA